AUGGAUACGAGAAGGUCAGCUAUUGCGAAGAGUGCAGAGCACAUUGUUAAAGAAUUAAAGAUUCAAUCCAAAGAGAACAUCAAAGCUUUAUCCAGAAUUUCUAUUUGGAACUCAAUUUUUAUUGAUUGCCCUAUUAUUGCCGAAACAAAGAUCCGUGAUCACUUUAAUAACAUCAUUCGCAGAUACUUGGUUGGCGUUACAAACACACAGAGAUUCCUUUUUGAGCUUUCUGUUUUCAUGAUCGACCUUCCUGAUAUAUUUUGUGAAUUAAUUGACCAUUUUCCUCCGCCAUUUGCUGUUGCAGGAAGAAUUGCUUACAGAGCAACAAUCAACUCUCUUGAAUGCAAACCAGCAGACGCAGAACAUAAAUUACAAGAAGCAAUCAGACGUGAUAUGGUUAAUCCACCAGACUCUCUUAUCGAAAUACUUGCCGAUAAGAAGAACGGCCCACGCAGACUCAGUGAAUUUGUUGCAACAAUUGACCGAAAUUCAAACAUUCCGAAAUCAGUAUUGGAAGCAAUCUUAAAGUGUUUACCGCCGCCAGAAAGAAUGCAAUUCAGUAUUAAAUACGGCGUUCCUCCUCCAAAAAUCAACUUAAAUCUUUCAUCUCUUCCUUUGCCUUUCGAAUUCCUUGAAGCUAUUGUUGACAUCGACGGAAAAGAAACUCUAGAAUAUUUGAUUGAUGAUAAUGAAUACGCUAUGUAA